GCGCUAUAAUAAUACGCGGUAAUAUUUGAUCUUAUGUUACUUGUCAAAACAUCCGCGAAGAAGCGAAGUAAGCGGAAGCAAAUAACACCAAGAAACAAAUGAGCAUCGCAGAGGGUGGAGAGCAGGUUUCAGAAUGGCUCUAUUUGGAAAGUUGUUUGGCAGUGGGGGGAAAGGUGGCAAAGCUCCGAGUCCACAAGAGGCGAUUCAGCGACUUCGUGAAACCGAGGAGAUGUUGACCAAGAAACAGGAUUUUUUAGAGAAGAAAAUUCAGCAAGAACUUUUGACCGCAAAGAAAAACGGCACCAGAAAUAAGAGAGCUGCUCUGCAGGCAUUAAAACGCAAGAAACGCUAUGAGAAGCAGUUGAGCCAGAUCGAUGGCACACUGUCCACCAUGGAGUUCCAGCGGGAGGCCCUGGAGAACGCCAAUACCAAUGCAGAGGUGCUAAAGAACAUGGGCUUUGCAGCAAAGGCCAUGAAGGCAGCUCACGAGCACAUGGACAUAGAUAAAGUGGAUGAUCUGAUGCAGGAUAUUACCGAACAGCAGGAGCUGGCCCAGGAAAUCUCUGAUGCCAUUUCAAAACCAGUGGGAUUUGGAGAAGAGUUUGAUGAGGAUGAACUUAUGGCAGAACUGGAAGAGCUGGAACAAGAAGAAUUAGACAGAAAAAUGUUACAAAUUGGUUAUUCUGAGAAUGUUCCUUUACCCAGUGUGCCCUCUACAUCCUUGCCUUCCAGGAAAGGAAAAACAAAGGAUGAGGAUGAAGAUGAUAUGAAAGAUCUGGAACGCUGGGCUAUGGAAGCGAUGUAGACAUUUUGUGGACAUUGGAAAGAAGACUUACUUCUGUGCAUGAGUGUGUAUGUGUGUGUAUAUAUAUAUAUAUAUAUAUAUAUAUGUGUGUGUGUGUGUGUGUGUGUGUGUGUGUGUGUGUGUGUGUGUGUGUGUGUGUGUGAGAGAGAGAGAGAGUAAGCCUUAAAUGAUCUAGGAAAAGAAGAUAAACUUGUUCUUGUACUCCUGGCAACAUAUGGAAAGUCAGUAUUCUUACUUUUCAUGUGUUGUUAUUUUUUCAAAUUCUAAGUUAUUUUGCAGUAUUGCUGUAUUCUCCUUAACUGGACCGUUGCGUUGCCUAGCUUACUAAACAUUUUAGCCAAAAGAAGCUUAAGUGUAAUAUAUAGAUACUAUCAAGAACAUACAUACAGUACAUAACCAAAACACUGUUAAUUUUACAAUGCUUUAGCUGACUAACUAGGUAUGCUGUGUGCCAUUGUGAUGCAUUUGGUGCUGUCGAUGAAACUGUUCACAUUUUGCACCCAGGAAUCAAUUCCACCUUCUUGCAACAGACAUAACUCAAAUGGUCAACAAAUGAUACUUCCAAAUCCAAUGUCAUACAUGGUUUGUAACUCAAGUAAUCUGAGUGUCCUGUGUUAGUCUUGGGAUACUGUUUGUAUGUGGUUCUGUCGGCAAACACUAAAAUGAACAACAAAGAAAAGUAAAAAUAAAAAAAAUGUGUAAGAACUUUAUGUUGGCAUGAAAGUAUUACACAUAUAAGUUUUAUGUAUAAUUUAUCUGGUUCUAAAGCAUUCAAAAAACUGAAUGGGAUGCAAAUUUACUCUUGCUCUACUGAACUUGUGUACUUUGAGAUUAGUUGUGUUUUUUGUUAAUUUUGGAAAAUUAUAGUUGUGACAGUGUUUACAGUGAAUGUCCACAGUAUCUUGCAGCCCUUAAAAUGUGCAUGUCUCAGAUCUUUGGACUGCAGUCAGUAGUCACAUGUAUUUGCAGGUUCAUGAAACUUGUUUGAGUGAUGCUAGGUCUGGCCAUUGUAGAAGAGAUCCCUUUCGGCAGCUUGUACCUUAUUUUAAAGAUAGUCAAGCUGUGGAUAGAGUGGAUAUACAAUGUAUAUAUUUCAAUAAUUACCUUUUAACUUAUAUUGUUUUUCAAAGAUGCACAACAUGUUUAAUUGGGUGUGAUCUGGAGUUGUUAGAUGUAUGUAUUUGGGACUAUAAAUUUUAUUUAUUGUGAUAUUAUGUAUUUUUUUAUCCAAUGUAACUUACAUCUGACACAUGCUCUUGACAAAUUCCGCCGUCGUGAACAUUAGCAACCGAUUAAAGCAUGCAGGCUUAUUUUUAAAUGGCACUGUGUGCCUCUCAAAAUUUAACAUUGUUAAAUAACUAAUGUUGAAUGUUAUUCUACUUUGUCAGAUGUCUUUAAUGUCAUAUGCAGGGUCUGUAUUAACUAAAGCCAUAAGGCAGUGGUUAAACAAAAUGUUGAAAAAAUCUGAAUCUUAAGCAGAUAUUGCUUCCAGUUUACAAGAACGUUUUCUGUAUAGUGUGCAAAUAUUGCAUUGACGUUUGAAUGUUUAAACAGUUGUAACUUGUAUACAUUUUUGUUUUAUGUAAAUGAAAUGUAUUUGAAUGAUCACUAAACUUUA